CUCCCCCAUGCUGCUCGGAGCGUCCUGGCUGUGCGCGUCCAAGGCGGCCGCCGCUGCUGCGCAGAGCGAGGGCGACGACGACAAGCCAGGCGAGCGGUGGCGGCGGCGGGAGGCGGUCACGGCCGCGGCGGCUGGCGAGGACAUGGACGAGUCGUCGCUGUUGGAUCUUCUGGAGUGUUCCGUGUGCCUGGAGCGCCUGGACACCACGGCGAAAGUGCUGCCGUGUCAGCAUACCUUCUGUCGCCGCUGUCUGGAGAGCAUCGUGUGCUCGCGCCACGAGCUGCGCUGUCCCGAGUGCCGCAUCCUGGUGGGCUGCGGCGUGGACGAGCUGCCCGCCAACAUCCUGCUGGUGCGCCUGCUGGACGGCAUCCGCCAGCGGCCCCGCGUUGGUGCCAGCCCUGGCGGCAGCCCACCCGCGCGCCCUGUCCCGGGCUCCGGGGCGGCCUCCGAGCUCGCGGGUGGCGGGGGUAGCGUGGUGAGCAGCGCAGCAGGCAGCGUACCCUGCUCCCCGGGCUUCCCCUUGGCGGCAGGCAGCGCCACUGCCAGUCUGCGGGAACUGGCGACCAGCAGGAGCGCGCCCCUGUCAAAGGGCUUUCGGUGCUGCCAUCAUCGUGGAGGUGACAGUGACAGACGAGUUCAAAUUUUGACAGAUAAUCCUUCCCAGCUUCCCUACGGCAAAGCCCUCUACAGUUACGAAGGGAAAGAACCUGGUGACCUCAAGUUCAACAAGGGUGACGUCAUCAUCCUGCGACGCAGGGUGGACGAGCACUGGUUCCACGGGGAGCUGCAUGGUGCACAUGGCUUCCUGCCCGCCAGCUAUGUGCAGUGCCUCCGGCCCCUGCCGCCUGCCCCGCCCCAGGGCAAAGCCCUGUAUGAUUUCGAGAUGAAGGACCAAGACCAAGACAAGGACUGUCUGACCUUCACCAAGGAUGAAAUCCUGACUGUGAUCAGAAGAGUGGAUGACAACUGGGCAGAGGGAAUGCUGGGAGACAAGAUUGGAAUUUUCCCCCUCCUGUACGUGGAGCUCAACGACUCUGCCAAGCAGCUUAUUGAGAUGGACAAGCCCUGCCCAGCUGCUGUGUCUGGCUGCCACGCCUCAUUGUCCUCUGACCCUGGCGCAGUGGCCAGUGUGGCCCCGAGUCCCACUUUAAGCAGCACGGGGGCGGUCAGUGCCUUUCAACAGCGUGUGGACAGCAAGAAGAACGCCAAGAAACGCCACUCCUUCACUGCGCUCAGCAUGACACACAGGUCCUCGCAGGCUGCCAGCCACAGGCAUUCCAUGGAAAUUAGUGCUCCAGUUCUGAUCAGCUCCAGCGACCCCCGGGCAGCAGCCAGGAUCGGGGACCUGGCUCAUCUGUCCUGCAGCGCUCCCGCCCAGGACUCCUCCUCCUCGGCCGGAUCCAUCCCAGCGGCUGAACAGCAGGGCACAGCUCCCAAAGUCCAGCUGCCCCUCAACGUGUACCUGGCGCUCUACGCCUACAAGCCCCAGAAGAACGAUGAGCUGGAGUUGCGCAAGGGUGAGAUGUACCGCGUCCUUGAGAAGUGUCAGGACGGCUGGUUCAAGGGGACAUCCUUGAGGACUGGGCUCUCUGGCGUUUUCCCGGGAAACUACGUGACACCUGCCUCUAGGGCUCCCUGGAAUAACAUGGUUGGAGGGUCUCCACUGGCCAAAGGGAUGGCCACAACCAUCCACCCAGGCGGUGGAAGUCUCAGCAGCCCUUCCACUGCCACGAGGCCCGCCCUUCCCCUCAACUCACCCCAGGCCCAGGCAGCCUCUCCCCUGAUGGGCAGCUGUCUGCGUCACUCAGCCAAGCCAGUGGCCAGCCAAGCCCGGAGCACCGUCCCCACAGCUGCCCACUCAGCUCAGGCUCAGGACCGACCAACCGCCACAGUGUCGCCCCUGCGCAGCCAGAGCUCCCCAUCCCGCCUGCCCACAGCCAGCCUCAGGCCCCACUCCAUGGUGUCCCCGCAGCACAUCCACCAGUCCCCGAUGCAGACCGUCAUUGGGGUCCCAUGCCCCCGAUCAGUCAUCCCGCUCAUGUCAGCAGCAUCAGCCAUCACACCUCCAAACGUCAAUGCUGCCAACCUCAACGGGGAGGCUGGAGGGGGGGCCAUCAGUGGCCUGUCAACAUCCAGCCCCACCAACACGGGAUGCAAACCAGAUGAGAAGAAAAAUGAAAAGAAAGAGAAGAAGACAGGUCUGCUGAAACUUCUAGCCGGGGCAUCCACCAAGAAGAAGUCUCGCUCCCCACCAUCCAUCUCUCCCACCCACGACCCCCCGGUGGCAGUGGACACCUCACUCCAGGGUGCAGUGGGGCCCGAAGUGUCCUCACUGUCCAUCCAUGGCCGGGCAGGGUCCUGCCCCAUAGAGAGUGAGAUGCAAGGGGCGAUGGGGAUGGAGCCACUGCACAGAAAGGCGGGCUCCUUGGAUCUGAACUUCUCCUCAUCCCCCUCCAAGCAAGCCCCUCCCUCCAUGGCUGCCUUUCGCCCCGAGCCCAAGCCGUUGCCCAGAGAGAGGUAUCGUGUGGUGGUCUCUUACCCACCCCAGAGUGAGGCGGAAAUCGAGCUGAAGGAAGGUGACAUUGUCUUUGUGCACAAGAAGCGUGAGGACGGCUGGUACAAGGGGACCCUGCAGAGGAACGGCCGCACGGGCCUCUUCCCGGGCAGCUUCGUCGAGAACUUCUGAGGACGCGCUCUCCACCCCCAGCACACCAGGGAGGAAGGCCUCCUGGGAAGCCCCAAGGUGCAAGGAAAGAGCCAUGACACCCGAGGGUCUCAGGUCCCUUCCAGAGCCCCUGGUAGGAGACACCACAACCUGGGGUGGGGGCCCCGGGGUAUAGCGGUCAUGCCUUCACCCACAAGUCACACUCUGGGGUUGUUCUCCAACGAGAUGCCUAUUCCCCCUUUGUGAACUGUAAAGAAAUAUCUUUGAAAAGAGAGGAAGGUGCUGAUGCGGGUCGAUUUGCUGCUGUGACUUGCUGCCGAGCUGCAGCAUUCGUGUCUGCCACCUGUGCGAGGCUGGGAUUUGCAGAAGGGCUGCGGGGACUGGGUGGGCGGGUGCAGGGCCCAGAGCAUUUGCAGAAUAUCUUUGCGGGCUGUCUGGGCUGCACAUAGGGGUCCGAAUUGCUCCAUCACCUCUAUAUACCUCAGUCACCUGCCACCUGGCCACUCAGCAAGGAUGUUCCUGGCCCAGGGGACUUCACUGGGGCGCAGGCACCUGUUGGGACUCGGGCAGCUCCCGCUUGGCUUUGUCUCCUGCCAGUAUUACGAGCAACACUUUUUGUUUGCCACCACUGUCCCUCUGCAUCGCUUCCUUCUUACAUCUUUUUAAUGGAAAGCUGUUAGACUUUAUAUAUUUCUAAUAGGUCAUGCAUUGCCUAUUUUUCAUACAUCUGGUGCUGCCUUUUGUAAUGACUUGGUUGAGCUUGAAAGAAAAAAUAUCCGAGGAGACAUCAAAUGGGCAAAAUUUUUAUAUUUACCUUGUGAAUUUAGGAGAACUCUGGAAAGCCCUCGUCCUCAACAUCACAAUGUUGGCUGCUGCUCCACAGGAUAAGGGGGAAUCCAUAUUUAGGGGGUUGAAGGGAGAUUGGGAAAAGCCAAUUUCUUAAAACCCUUACCGAAGCCCCAAGCUUUGUCUAGGCAGUGAUAAUUAUUAUUCAAAAACCGGAAACAUUUUGAGGAAAGGUCAGUAUAGUUGCCUUUUUUUGUGGCGAUGAAAAGGACAAGAAGGUGGACUCCAGCCUUAAAAGGUGAGGAAUUCCCCUUUUACUGCUUUAGAGAGAAUAACUACAGUCAUAUUUAGCUUAAUCGAAAUAUAAUUUCUCACUAUUGCAAUGUGCAGUUCUUACCACACUUCAGUUGUAAACCUUCACAGUUUACAAAACCUUGUGAAGGUUUUGCCUUUUUAAAAAAAGAAAUAAAUAACUGUGCCCCAUCAGACAGUGUAAACCUUGAUCUAGAGCCUCGAAGCACAAUGAGGGCGAUGGGAGUGAGCCCUCUCUGCAGACUCGGAGGGUCCAGGGAUCUGGGACAGAGAGAGGAAGGAAGAAGGGGCAGCUCUGAUCUUGGGACCUUCCCCCAGGUGAGGUCCUGGAAUCGGCUCAUGAGUCCAACAGCUCACUUCCACAGACACUGCCUGCAGAAGCCCUGUCACGAGGCAGUCUUGUUCUCAAGGGAUUCGCAUCUGUUCAAAGUAACAAUUUGUAAACCCUCUUUCUAUAUAUUUUUACAAAACCACUCAGGUUUAAAUUAGGCUAAAUAAAUUAGCCUUCGGUAACAUAAGAUCUCCCUGAUUUUGAGGGAUGAAACGAAAUCCAGAAACCCAUUCCUUCUCCUGGCGUGAUGCCCUUGAAAUACAAACACUUAUUUUCAGAGUUCCUAUUUUGGGAUGUGACUUGGCUACUUGUUACUGCCAGGUGGCUACCGCGCUGGUGGGAUCAUGCCUAGAGAAAGGCUCAUUUCCUCAUUCCAGAUGAUAAUAGAUUUAAUAGACUUGAGAAAUUUUUUUGACUCAAAGGAAAAAAAAAUAGAGUUUAAACACAGAGAACCCUGUGCAAGGAGGUAAUGACAGCCAGCCAGAGGGUAUCCAUUUGCCAUCAGUUGCCUUCCAUGCACAGAAACGUGUGUGUGUUUAAAAUCAUAUUACCAAAAACGUGCAUGGAUUAACACAUUGAGUGAGACAUGUGUUCUCACUGAAACCAGAACUAACUCAAAUCCCCAGAUAAUAAGGAAACUUUUUUUAAAAACAAAGGCAGUUACCAAGUUACAGAAUAGACUAACUUGGACUUUCUUUCCUGUCCAGGCCACCACCACUGUGAUGCUCAUGGUAGGUAGGAAUUGCUGAACAGCCCAGUGACUGUGAGUGAAGUGGCAGCCCUCCAGGGCCCAGCACCCCUCACAGCAGAGCAGAGACAAGCAUACAGUGUUUCUGCAAGGCGUCAGCUGGCCCCUGUCUUAGCAGAGUCAGGGGCAGCUAUUGGUACUGCCUUGGGAGGGAAAGCGAUGCCAGAGGCCCCGCCAGCAGGCAUCCUCUCAGGAGCAAAAGCCGGGUACCUGGAGGGCAGGGAGGUGCACGACGGGCCAUGCUUUGGGCUGCCUGUUUUCAAACACAUUCAGUCUGACCCAUCAGCCUUCACCACCAUUUAACCCGCAGACAAGAGCAGGAGCAGAAUUAGACCCUUCCUUUGGGCCACCUCGCCUCAAAGGACACAUUCAUUUUGGUUACUGAGGUGAAACAACACCUGAUCUGAAACCCUCACAUUCCAUCCUGGCCCAGGGACUUACACAUCUUGGGUGUGCAACGACAUUUGGCAGGCAAGAUGACUUGCUUUGAGGAGCACAGUAGAGUCCCUAACUACCACUGAGUGAGGUCAGUGGACACUGAGGUAAUGGGGACAUCUGAGCCACAGAAGACCAUGGGAGGGAAGUGGGGAGACAGAGCCAGGCAAGAGCUUCCCUGACUCCAGUGCCCCAAAUAAACUCAGCGGUCUGGCUGGGAAUUUCCUUGUACUUUGCACAGUUCACACACACAUGCACACACACAUGCAUACACACAAACCAAUGUUUUUGUUAUACACAAAUGUCAGUAUGUGAUUUUGGAAGAAUUGACAGUGAUGACAAACCGAUGCCUGUGUUUCCAAGUCUUUAAAUAAAAAUGAACAUGGAGAGA